CAACUAGCAAUCCCUGCCAGCCUCUCUGGUGUAGAUCCUACCAUUUUUUGUUCACCUACUGCCAGAAACUACACUCCUAAUAGCCAAUUUGAGAAUAAUCUGAAGCAGCUAUUUGAGUCAUUGUCUUCAAACACUUCAAUCUCUGGCGGUUUCUACAACACCACUAUUGGAAAUAACACUGACAGAGUCUAUGGACAAGCACUUUGUAGAGGGGAUGUGAACUCUACAGUUUGUCGAAAUUGCGUCUAUGAGGCGAGCCAGGAGCUUUUCAAGAGUUGUAAUACGAAUGAUGCAAUGAUAUGGUAUGAAGUAUGUCAAGUCCGCUAUUCCUUCCAGAUGUUCUUUUCAUUGAUGGUUUACAUUGGAAAUUAUCCAAAGCAGGAUAGUCAGGAGAAGAGAGUGUCAAAUCCUGAUAGCUUUAGUCAUGUUUUGAUUUAUUUGAUGAAAAACUUGUCCGAUGAGGCUGCCUUUAAUCCUUCUAAGCAUAUGUUUGCAACUGGGGAAGUAAAAUUUUCAGGGAAAAAAAAUAUUUAUGGUCUGCAACAGUGCACGAGAGACAUCUCUGAAAGUAACUGCAAAACAUGUUUGGUUUCUGCUUUAGGGGAUCUUUGGGCUUGCUGCUCUUCUAGCCAAGGUGGUGCCAUUGUGGGUAGGAAUUGCAAUGUGAGGUUUGAGAUGUUCCGAUUUUUUGACGACAUGUCAAGCUCUCUGAUAAUUUACCCAUAUUUCGAAGGAGAUAAACGGAAGACGUUGAAGGUGGUGGUUAUAUGUGCAUCAACUUUUCUAUUAGCAUUUCUCAUUGUCUGUUGUAAUGCCCAUCGCCAGCGGAAAAAGGGAUUAGAAGAAUUAAAAGAUGAAGAAAACAGCCAGCAUGUACUAUUACAUGAUUUGGCAAGCCCGACCAGCGUCACGAUCACAGAAGAUAGACAAUUGACAAGUUCUGAGGAGCUGGCCUUCAUGGAUCUAGCUGCUAUUAGGGUAGCUACAGAUGACUUUUCAGAUUCAAACAAGCUUGGACAAGGUGGGUUUGGCACUGUUUACAAGGGUUUGCUACAAAAUGGGAAGGAAGUAGCUGUUAAAAGACUGUCAAGAAAAUCAUGGCAAGGCUUGGAGGAGUUUAAAAAUGAGGUCAUACUCAUUGCAAAACUUCAACACAGAAACCUUGUGCGGCUCCUGGCAUGCGGCUUUGAAGGAGAGGAAAAGCUGCUUUUGUAUGAGUUCAUGCCAAAUAAAAGCCUUGAUACUUUUAUCUUCGAUUCGGAAAGACGAGCUGAACUCAAUUGGAAAACAUACUACAACAUUAUUGAAGGUAUUGCCAGAGGACUUCUGUAUCUUCAUGAAGACUCCCGGCUUAGAGUCAUUCAUAGGGAUUUAAAGCCCAGCAAUGUAUUGUUGGACCAUGAAAUGGUUGCCAAAAUAUCAGACUUUGGCUUGGCAAGGAUAUUUUGUGAACGUCAGAACCCCACUAAAACUAGAAGAGUUGUGGGAACAUAUGGAUACAUGGCUCCAGAGUAUGCAAUGGAGGGUCUAUUU